GUUAACAAAUAAUUUAAACUAUCAACACAAAAUGAACACCAAAUCAAUCGCCUCAAUUGCUUUAUUAGCCACCGUUGCCUCAGCUGCCAACCUCGAAAGCAUUUCAUUCUCAGUUGUCUGUGGUAACCCAGGUACUGAAGUCUCAAACUACACCGUCCCAGUCACCGCUAACUGUACUCAAGUCUGCACUGAUUCAGUCAUCGUCAACGGUACUGAUGUCCAAUGGUUCCAAGAUACCAUUGUUUGUGAAGGUAUCUCAGCUGUUAACACCACUGUUUCAUGUAACGGUACCAUCGCCACCAUUGCUGACGAACUUGUUGCCCAAAAAGCCGAAAACGCCACCUGUAACUUUGAAGCUGAAUCAAACUCAACCUCAACCUCACACUCAGCCUCACACUCAUCUGAAGGUUCAUCAGCCUCAACUGUCUUCGCCUCAAUUGCUUUAGUUGCCGUCUCAGUCGUUGCUGCUUUACUUUAAAUUAAUAAAUAUAAAUAAUAAUACGAUAUUUAAUUGAAUAAGAAAAAAAAAAAUGUAAAAAUAAAAAAGUAGCGUGUUUUAUUAAAUAU